AUGAGAAAAAAUAGUCUUUUCUUCACUCUCCCAGGAGAGCAUUAUUGGGAUUAUAUUCGGUUUAUUUGCGACGAUGAUCGCGUUGAUGAUCAAAGUGGAGAAAUAAAAAUACAAACUGCUGAAACAGCUGAAAAUCUACCUUGUAAGCCGAUGGUUCUCACAAAAACAUUUUUGGAAACUUACUUCAAUAGCGAUGGAUAUAUCGGAAACGGCUUUUACUCCGGCCUGAAGCUCAAAGACUACGAUUUUCACCUCACGAAUCUUACGAUUACCAGUAAAGGAAAAUUCGCUCUUGCUUGGAUGUCAUGCAACGCAGGAGAUUCUUAUCUCGGCGAAAAUUGUGAUCAUCCCUUUUCGGAUAGACUCUUUGGAAGAGUAAAAAUCGUGGAUCAAUCAAUUUAUCGAAAAGUCAUUUGUUUCUGA